AUGCCUGUGCCAAGUGGAAGUUUGUACGGAGGUCAAGGUAAACCAUCAUGUUACGAUAGAGUAUCCACUUCAUUUAUGAUGGGAGCUACAAUCGGAAUAACUAUUGGAAUUCUGUUCGGUGGUUUAGGAGGCUUGAGGUCAGGGUACAGGGGCCGAGAGCUUGUUGGCAGUAUGGGGAAAACGAUGCUGCAGAGUGGCGGAACAUUUGGCACGUUUAUGGGUGUUGGUGCUGCCCUUAGAUGUUGAUUAAUUACUGUUUAUUUAUUAUUAGAUACAUUUUUUUUUUAAAUUUUUAUUUGUGUAAAACUUAAUUUCUGAUACAAACUAUA